AGUGCGUAUCCUAGGAACAUGGCCGAUGGUUAAUGCUGGUGCUUAACCAGAUGAGACAUUCAAAACUGUUUUGUUACAUGAGAAGGUACAAGAAAAGGAGUUCAAACUUGGCAAGGUGGUUAGCUAGCUACCGACCGUCGAUCGAGCAGAGGGGGUGUUACUGUCUGGAGAAAAGGAAAACAACAUGGCGGCCUUGGAGCUCGAAUGGAUCCCAGAGACACUGUACAACACUGCUAUAUCAGCAGUGGUGGACAAUUACAGUCGAUCGCGAAGAGAUAUUCGUUCCCUCCCUGAAAAUAUUCAAUUUGAUGUGUAUUACAAGGAAGGGGAGGAGUGGACCAGGUCUCCAGUUCGAAUCCUGCCUCGGCCAGAAAUAACAUUUCUAAACAACCACCAAAAGUGUUAAUUUCUUUGUCACAUUGGCCAAUAUAAGAGUUAAUGGAAGGACUAUGGUAGUACAAUCGUUAUGUAUAAGUGUUCAAAUGAGGUUGGUUUAUUAUGUACUGUACUCCCGCAACCUUGUUUAUGCAAUUAGUAUCUUAAAUGAUCAGUUAUCUGUUGCAGUUUCUUGUGGACUGCAUAUUACCUGAUGUAUUUAUAAAUACAUUACAUCUAUGAACAUUUACUCAGAGCCAUGUAUUUUAGUUAUUUGAAGUGAAUAACGAUUGACCUACAAUCAAAAGUAAUUAAAAUAAUUGGUUGAAAUAU